AUUUCCCGCAUGUGCGCUAAGCGCUUCCCCGGUGGUCCUAGCAACCGACCAAUCAUGACCGACAUCGACUGCGAGUGUGAUCGAUAGCGAAACCUAGAAGAGUGGAAUAUCAUCUUGGAGGAACUGGUUGAUUGAUUACGGGAAGAUCAAUUCUAAUUAAGUUUCACCGAUUUGGGAGAAUGUUGGGUACCGAGAGUUUGAAGCAGCUCCAAAAGUUGUUCAAAUCUGCUAAUGGAGAAAGCGAUUCGGAGGAUGAUGAUGCCGGCAUUGUUGGCGGAGCUCAGCAGUUAGGUCCUGGAGAUAUUGGAUCAUCCUCCAAACCGAAGCUGAAAAAGAAACUGGCCGAAAAUCCCGAAGAACAUGUGAAAACCAGUUCUUACGCUCCAUUGGAGAAACAGGAAACAACAGAUCCCAAGACAAUCGAAGAGUGGGAGAAACAACUGGAAGCAGAGAGUGAAAAUCUUCUGGAGUCCCGUUCGGCGCCAGAGUACAAAAUAUCCUACAAGCAAACCGUGGGAACGGAGGAUCUCUUUCUGCAGAUGAGUGGGAAAACCCCCAGUACGGCCAGCUGUGAGAAUAUGAUUGUCGAGGUUUUCCUAUCGGGCGAGAUCGGGGUUGGAAUUCAUCACAUCGAUCUGACCGUCCAAGCACAACGAGUGCUAGUCAAGUCCCCAAAGUACUAUCUGGAUCUUCAGCUGCCGCACAAAGUGGACCCCGACAAGGGUAACGCCGCGUGGCUGUCGGAGGAAAAAAUUCUCAAGCUGACAUUGAAGAUGGACCGAGAGUAUGACUUUGUAAACUUUUGAACUGGGCGAGCAGUACGUUGCUUUAUAAUCAUGCAAUUCAAUUGAGGCAAUUCAUGCAAAUACUAGAGAAUGCCGCUUCGCUUCAUCAUGCUUUGACGGAGAAAACGUGUUCAAUAAACGGUAUGAUAGAGUGAUUUUAGAUUGUACUAAUGAGUUGCACUUGUGGAAAAUAAAUAUUAGAGGCUUGUUAACAUUGUAA